AUGGCAUCCUCGGCUUUCCAGUUGCUCUCCAUGGGCGGAGCCAGCUUCAACAAGCAGAAAUAUAAAAAAGAUCUCGACCUGUUCAGCGGCAAGCAAAACAAGAGCAAGAAGCAGAAGAAGGAGGCCGACAUCUCGGCCAACUCUGGCCAUCUUCCUGCUGGACUCGACUUUUUCGGUAGUUCGGCCGCUGCCGGACCUAGCUCGACAAAGAUCAAGACGGAAAAGGCGAGCAAGGUCAAGGUGGAAGAGGACUCUGACGAAGACCCAGACUCGAACUCGGACGAGGAAGAUAUCCCUUCUAUUGCCCCUCCUCCGCAAAAGAUCAACCUCUCUGGCCCGGAACCUCUACCUAGAUCCUUCGCUUCUUUCGACGAACUCGUUCCUUCGUCCCAUUCGGUUCUGCUGCGUAACCUUCGAAAAGACGGAGUUACACAGCUUUGGGGUGUUCAGGGUGCGGUCUCGGGUGCGAUGAUGGCAAAGGAACAGCGGGAUGUCCUCGUCAUCGCUCCCACCGGAUCGGGAAAGACCUUGUCUUAUCUCCUACCACUCGCUCUCAAGCUCGACCAACCCUCUCGGAUAGCCUUCAAUGCGCACAAGAAGGCCGAGACGAAAGAUGCUGGGGAACAAGGGAUCCGCUCGAUCGUCCUCGUUCCUACGCACGAGCUCGCCCUCCAGAUCUAUGGCGAGGUGCAAAAGCUUCUGCAAGGGAACACUUGGAGGACGCUCUUGCUCGAGAAAUCGACCGAGAUGGCGAUCGCCACGUCUGGACAGGCGGGUCAGUUGGGGAUCGACGUGCUCGUAGCUACGCCGGAACGGUUGCAUGCGAUGAUCGAGGCUGGCAAGGUGGACAUGAAAGGAACCCGGUACCUGAUCUUGGACGAAGCCGAUCGUCUCAUCGGACCCGAUUUCUUACCUCAGGUCGAGCCUAUCAUCGACGGGCAUACGCACGCCAGGGCGCAGAAGGUCAUGCUCAGUGCUACAAUGGAAGCUGGACCCGAGGCGCUUGCGAGGACGUGGCUCAAAGACGAUGGGGUCAGAAUAGUCGUCGGGUUAAAGGACGCACCGAGUACGACCGUAACACAGCACCUCCAAUUCUGCGGUAGCGAGAUGGGCAAACUGCUCGCACUCCGCAACGAUAUUGCCGCAGGGAAACUCCCCGCACCGGUCCUCAUCUUUGUGCAAUCCAUUGAGCGUGCAAACGAGCUCUACCAGGAGCUGGUCAUGGACGGUAUGCGGGUUGGGGCCGUUCAUGGAGAGAAGAGCAAGGCGGAGAGGGAAAAGACCGUCAGGGAGUUUAGGGAGGGUAAAUUAUGGAUGCUCGUUGUCACCGAGUUGAUGGCACGGGGACUUGAUUUCAAGGGGAUCGAGGUCGUUGUCAAUUAUGAUUUCCCUCAGACUGUAGGGUCGUACGUACACCGAAUCGGUCGAGCCGGUCGGGCGGGCAGAACAGGAUCUGCUAUCACCUAUUUCACCCUGGAAGACGGGCCGUACCUGAGGACCAUCGCUAACGUGAUGAAAUCCUCCGGAUGCAAGGUCGAACCCUGGAUGCUCGAACUCCCCAAGCCGAGUAAAAAUUUGAAAAAGGAGCGUAGAAGAAAACCCGUCGAGAGGAAGGAUAUCGGUGGGGCUGGAAAGAAUCUCGCACGGAAGGACGCCAAGAAUCGAAGGGCCAUGAUCGAAGCGUCUAUGAAGCGAAAGUUGAAGAGCGGCGGCAAGAUGGCUGCAGGCGGUGCUUCGUCAGAGGGAGGAGCAGGGGCAGCCGAGGUGGAUCUCAGCGAGUGA